AUGUUUGAGAAAUCCCUCCAAGGAAAGCCGCUCAGAAGGCUUGCACGACUGAGUUGCUCGCUGGCCUUCCUCAUCGAGGGAUACCAAGCUGGCAUCCUCGGCGGUGUCCAGGAUACCAAGGCGUACCGAGACGCCCUUGGGAACCCAACUGGCAAAUAUAUAAUCCCGAUGAUUGCGUCCUCCUAUACGUUAGCCGCUAUGGUCAUGUCCGCCCUAGUGGUCGUUGUGGGGAUGCCCUUGGGCCGGCGGAAUUCAAUUCUUCUCGGCACGGUGCUCAUUUUCUUUGGUGGAAUCAUUCAGGCCGCCUCCUUUUCUGUGGCCCAAAUUAUUGUCGCCCGGAUUCUUUGCGGUCUGGGAAUAGCUCUUAUAACCUGCAAUGUUCCUAUGUAUAUGUCUGAAAUGAGUAUUCACGCCAGCGAGCGCGGUCCCGAAGUCGCGAUAAAUUGCUCCUCCUUGCUAGGAGGCGUCGCUCUAUCAUACUGGGUUGACUUUGGAUUCACGCGAUUGUCUACUCAAAUCUCAUGGAGAAUGCCCAUUGCGAUACAAUCCCUUUUUGCUUUGGUUUCCGGAGUCGCCAUGUUUAUCUGUCCAGACACACCAAGGUGGUAUUACGCAAAGGGGCGAAAUGCUGAAGGUGAUAAAACCUUGGCCAGACUUUACGGAGCUUAUCUUCCCACCGAUGAAUCUCAAGACCGAAGCCCCAUGGUAGAGAUGGUGAAGGCAGAGAUAAUGCAGAAUAUCCAGAUCGAAGCUGAGCAGGAAAAUCAGCUUAGCUGGGUCAGCCUGAUUUGGGAUAACACACCACUGCGCGUUGGCCGCAGAAUUCGAAUCUCAUUCAUAAUUCUUUCCAUUCAGCAAAUGAUGGGCAUUAACAUCCUGGUUGGUCUUUCGAGUUUCCUCUCAUCCCUAAUCUCCGCGGUGGCCUUGACGAUCCAGUUUGCCGGCUCCCUAGUAUGCAUUGCCACAAUUGAACGAAUUGGCCGGCGCAGGAUCAUGCUGUUAUCGGCCACUAUGCAGAGCUGCUGCAUGCUUGUUUUUGUGAUUUUGAAUGGAAUCCCGAACAAGACUACUGCAGUACAAUGGGCCGCUGCCAUAAUCAUGUUUCCUUAUCUCUUCAUGUACGGCUGGGGCUGGGUGACUUGUCCGUGGCUCUAUGGACCCGAGAUCGCCCCUCUCAAGUACCGCCACAUCGGGGCGGCUUCGGGUUUGUUUGGCUUAUGGUUGUUUACUUUCGUUACCGUAUUCGCUGGUGGCAUUGGUAUCCAAAUGGCAGGAUGGAAGAUAUGGAUCUGGCCAUUGACCUUCAAUGUGCUUGGUGUUCUAUUUGUAUUUUUUAUGUGUCCUGAUCCCACAGGAAAAACAUUAGAGGAGAUCGAUGCGUUGUUUGUUAAAGACGACUCUCUGGAUACCAGGCUGUCCGACCGAUUAGAUGCGAAGGAAUCUGUCCAUCAAGUUGAAGAUGCAGCUUAG